CCGUGUUUCGAGCAGUGAGCGUCAUUCAGAAAAUAACAAGCAAAGAGUAAAGAGCGAGCUAUCGUGAACUAGAACGUGGUGAACCAAACAAAUUGAAAUAGUGAAUUAUCACUCAAGAUACACAAACGUGAACAGUUUUUCUGCGCUAUCAGUGAAGAAUUUCAGUGCAUACAGUAUAAUAGACACAGCAUUGACAAGAUGCCUUCUGCAAUUGGAAUCGAUCUGGGCACGACCUAUUCGUGCGUGGGAGUGUUUCAGCACGGCAAGGUGGAGAUUAUUGCCAACGACCAGGGCAACAGAACCACACCGAGCUAUGUUGCGUUUUCGGACACGGAGCGCCUCAUCGGUGACGCGGCCAAGAACCAGGUGGCCAUGAACCCCACAAACACAGUGUUCGAUGCCAAGCGACUGAUCGGACGCCGGUAUGACGACCCUAAGAUUCAGGCCGAUAUCAAGCACUGGCCGUUCAAGGUGGUCAACGACUGCGGCAAGCCGAAGAUUCAGGUGGAAUUCAAAGGAGAGCGCAAGACGUUUGCACCAGAGGAAGUCAGCUCGAUGGUGCUGACGAAAAUGAAGGAAACGGCCGAAGCAUAUCUGGGACACUCUGUGAAGAAUGCGGUCAUCACGGUUCCAGCGUACUUCAAUGACAGCCAGCGACAAGCCACGAAGGAUGCCGGUGCGAUCGCGGGCCUGAAUGUGAUGCGAAUCAUCAACGAACCGACGGCGGCCGCAUUGGCUUACGGUUUGGACAAGAACCUGAAGGGCGAGCGCAACGUGUUGAUCUUCGAUCUCGGCGGAGGAACGUUCGACGUGUCCAUUUUGACGAUCGACGAGGGCUCUCUGUUCGAGGUACGAGCCACAGCCGGUGACACACACCUGGGAGGCGAAGACUUCGACAACCGAAUGGUGGGCCAUUUCGUGGAGGAGUUCAAACGCAAGUUCAAGAAGGACGUGUCCAAGAACGCCAGAGCACUGCGACGCUUGAGGACGGCAUGCGAGCGAGCGAAGCGGACGCUUUCCUCCAGCACGGAGGCCACGAUCGAGAUCGAUGCCCUCAUGGACGGAAUCGACUACUACACAAAGAUCAGCCGAGCACGAUUCGAGGAGCUGUGCUCGGAUCUGUUCCGCUCGACACUGCAACCGGUGGAGAAGGCCCUGUCGGAUGCAAAGAUGGACAAAAGCUCCAUUCACGACAUCGUGCUGGUAGGUGGAUCGACCCGCAUCCCGAAGGUGCAGUCGCUGUUGCAGAACUUCUUCUGCGGCAAAUCGCUGAACCUGUCGAUCAACCCGGAUGAGGCGGUAGCAUACGGUGCGGCCGUCCAGGCGGCUAUUCUUAGUGGAGACAAGGACGAAAAGAUCCAAGAUGUAUUGUUGGUCGAUGUGGCUCCGUUGUCGCUCGGAAUCGAAACGGCCGGCGGAGUGAUGACGAAGCUGAUCGAGCGAAAUUCGCGCAUUCCGUGCAAACAGACGCAGACCUUCUCGACCUACGCGGACAACCAGCCCGGAGUGUCGAUUCAGGUGUUUGAGGGCGAGAGAGCCAUGACAAAGGACAAUAAUCUGCUGGGCCAGUUCGACCUAUCAGGCAUUCCGCCGGCACCGCGCGGUGUGCCAAAGAUUGAGGUAACCUUUGAUCUGGACGCCAACGGUAUUCUGAACGUAUCGGCGAAGGAAAUGAGCACCGGCAAGGAGAAAAACAUCACGAUCAAGAACGACAAGGGCCGCUUGUCGCAGGCGGAUAUCGAUCGCAUGCUGGCCGAGGCGGAGAAAUUCCGCGAGGAGGAUGAAAAGCAACGGGAGCGAGUCGCGGCUCGCAAUCAGCUCGAGGCGUACUGUUUCAGUCUCAAGCAAACGCUAGAAUCAGCCGGCUCGAAACUGAGCGAAGGCGAUCGCAAAACUAUCGAGGAACGGUGCAACGAGACACUGCGCUGGAUCGACGGCAACAGUAUGGCAGAGAAGGAAGAGUACGAUCACAAAAUGCAGGAGCUGACGCGGGCUUGCAGUCCGAUCAUGACGAAGUUGCAUCAGCAAUCGGGAGCCGGUCCAUCCCCGACUAGCUGUGGCCAGCAGGCUGGCGGGUUCGGCGGACGCGCGGGCCCCACGGUAGAGGAGGUGGACUAAGAUGAUGAAGAAGGCAGGAGUAGAUUAGAUGACAGUAUUGCAAAGCGGCCAUUAUCGUAGGCGGAGACUGGCCCCACUCAAAAGAAGACUGUGUAAAUAUGUGUAAGUUAGACAAAUAGAGAAUAAUAACAUAAUGUAAUUUAUUGUAUCAGCAAGUAAGUUCCUCGUUGAAUAAAAAGAAAAUUGAAACUAGA